UUCGGACUCAUGUAUGCCGCCUCCUCCUCCUUCGCCAGCGAGAUCACAACGGAAGGAAUGUCCGCCACCGUUCAAGGACUCGUCGGCGGUCUUUCCUUCGGAUUCGGCAAGGGUAUCGGCACUUUGGUGACGGGGCAGUUGUUUGGCGCCAGGACGGGCCUCGGGCCUGUGUGGACAUUCAGAGUGUUUGGAUUUUUCGCCAUCGCGGUCCUGCUACUGUACGGUGCUGUCGAUUUCGCCUUCUUUCGUGACGCCACUUCCGACAGGGAGAUUGUGUUAGAAGUACACACUGGAAAAGUGGAUAGCGCUAAAGUCGUGGUGGAGAAGCAGCUAGGCGCAUUGGACGGAACAGCCGUUGAUAUACGGGAUCGGAUUGAUGUUUGUAUAUCAUAUAGGGCGGGGGCUUGGCCAGUCUUGGAGUUGCUGGACGGGACUAAGCUCUGCUGAGAUAGGGAAUGUUUGUAAUUGCUAGGGGCGGGGGCCUACCUAGUCUUGGAGCUGCUAGACGGGACUGAGCCCUGCUGUGAUAGGGGGAUAUUUGUAAAUAAUGAGUGGCGGGGGCUUGGCUAGUCAUUGAGCUACUGGACGGGACUGA